AUGGUCAUAUGUAAAACUUUAAAUGUUAUUUUAAUAUUCAUAGAAUUUACAAUAAUUGUAUUCACGAGCUAUUAUCAUUUUCCAAAUCCUUUGCCACCACCAAAUCCGCCUCCAGCGCCACCUCCGAAUCCGCCUCCAGCACCACCUCCGAAUCCGCCUCCCUUUCCACCUCCAAAUCCGCCACCGCCUCCAGCACCACCGCCGAAUCCACCGCCACCUCCGAGACCACCUCCGAAUCCUCCGCCACGGCCGCCUCCGAAUCCGCCACCCUUUCCACCUCCAAAUCCGCCACCACCUCCGGCACCUCCUCCGAAACCGCCGCCGGCACCGCCUCCAAAUCCACCACCAGCUCCGCCACCAAAGCCGCCUCCUCUGCCUCCGAAUGGAGUGGAUUCAACCACUACUGUGGCUAGGAUAACCAGUACUAAUAAAGGUACUAAUAACUGAAAAGAGAUUUCCAUUUAUUGAGAUACAAUUACAUACUAAAUGUAAUACUUUAAAUCUAAUAGUAAUA